AUGGAGAUUGUAUCCGUCAAAAACCAAAGGAAUUCCCAAGUCUCUAGGCCCGAUAGGAGUGAGGGAGCAAGCGAAAUUUACAUAGACCCAGCGAAGGAAAGCCAAAUGAUGAGAAAAUUUGACUUUUACGCAGUUGGAAUGCUAGGGUUGUUCUACAUGAUGGCAAAUUUGGACAGAAGCAAUAUCGGCAAUGCUCAAACAGCCGGAAUGCCGGAGGACCUGGGACUAGUGGGAAAUCAGUUCGGAACAGCUACAACCUUGCUAUAUGCAACCUACGUCCCAUUUGAAGGUCCAAUAGCAGUUCUUUUGAAGAUCGUCGGACCUAAGCCUCUGCUUUCUACAUGCGCGUUCUGUUGGGGAGUUACAACUUUAGGAAUGGCGGGUCCGAUACCAUGCAUCAAUGUCUAUAUCGCCCUGGUAUACAAGAAAUGUGAGCGCGGGGAGCAAUCAGCUAUUAUCUUUGCAUUUAGCGCGUUUUCAAGCGCUUUUGGUGGACUGCUUGCGUAUGGUUUGACGCAAGUCCACGGGCCCAACGGGUGGCAGGGAUGGCGUUGGCUUUUCGCCGUCGAGGGAGCUAUGACCUUAGUUCUUGUUCCACUUUUUUUGUUUCUCUUUCCCAACAAACCCGCCGUAGCGUGGUUCCUGAGUGCCGAAGAGAAAUUUAUGAUGCAGGCGCGGUAUGACAACGAUCCGCAUUGGGGUCAAAAUGAAGAAUUCACCUGGGCCGAGUCACUCAGUGCGUUCACCGAUCCAAAGUGGUGGGCAUUCUGGAUCUACCAGUUCAGCUCCGAUAUCAGCCUCUAUGGCUUCACGAACUUUCUUUCAAAGAUUGUGUCCGGACUGGGUUACGCCGGAGUAAAGGCAAACCUGAUGACAAUUCCCAUUUACAUGGCUGGUCUCGUUUUUUUCCUCAGCAUUGCGUAUUUCUCGGAUCGGGUAGGGCUGAGAGCUCCGUUCUUGGGUGUCUCUAUCCUAUGUCUUAUCAUUGGAUAUUCAAUUCUCAUCUCAGUAGAGAGCUUACGGGUCAGAUUCUUUGCAUGCUUUGUCAUUGCGCUCGGCAUUUAUCCUACAACUGGAUUAUCACUCAUGUGGCUGCAAGACAACACAGCCCGUCAUUUCAAGAGAGCCACGAUGGUAGGAAUGACUCUUUGUUUCGGAAAUACCGCCGGCGUUGCCGUUGGCCAAAUCUUUACAACCCAAUCCGCACCCCGAUAUGUGAAGGGGCUGUCCAUUGGCCUUGGUUUUGCCGUUGUUGCUUUAUUCAUGGUGGCAACUCUAACUAUUGGAAUGACGAUUGUGAAUAGGAAGAGGGCGGCAAGGAUUCGGAAUGCAGAAGAAUCAGGGGAAGUAUUGGAGAAGAGGCCAGAGAAAGGGGAUUACGAUGUAUACUUUCGCUAUUCGCUGUAG